AUGGAACUCUAUACUCGAAGUGCUGAUCCUACUGAGAGUGCAGCUAGGCGAGAAAGAAUGAAGUUAGCGGAACAAGAGGGUGAGAUGGAAGAGGCAGCGUUGCUCAUGAUUGAAGCUUCCAGGACUGAGAGAGAAGCACCAGAACCAAUGGUACAAGACACUCCCCCUACUGCAGAAAGAAUUCCAAUCUCUCAGAGAUUAGGCCCUCUCAAUACUGAGCCCACAAAUGAGGAGAAUAUCCCAUUACCUGCACCUCCUACUAAGAGGAAACCGGGACGCCCCCCUGUCUCCCAAAGGAUUAAAGCCCCCACGCAGAAGAAGAAACAGAAUAACGAGACAGCGGCAGCAAACCAGGCUGAGAAGAAAAAGCUGGGACGUCCCCCAGUCAGGAGAGUUACUCAGCAGAGCCCUAAACUAAUCCGGGGAUCUAUCUCACGCAAAAGAAAAGGGCAGAAAGAAGCUACGCCCACCUGCAAAAGGAAAUUGACAACAGAUG